GUCGUUUUUCGGAUCUCAUAGUAAUUCUUUGGCGAGUGCGAAGUACUAUUUAACGCAGGAGCUUCCGUCGCGUCCAAGCGAGUAGCUGCUGUCGUUAUCUUCGCAGCUCCGGUAUGCGGAGCAGUAGUGACCACGGAUAUAGUAUUUUGAAACUAGAAAAAAUGCAAAUGGCGCCGAAACCAACGAGAUGCGUCGCGGCGACAUCGGUUCUACUGUUGCUGCCUAUCCUACACAAAUGCUGAGAAAAAUUGCAAGGUCCGAACUUGUCAUUCUCAGUGAGCACAGUGUCUUAAUUUAUCUACAAGUCUCUCUCAAGGUUAAGUCGCAGCAUCCAUGCAGUGAGGCAAUGUCAAGCAUGACAAGUUUCGGUGAAGACUGUCGUCAGCACAUGUUUCCUCAGCAUAAGUUUCUCGUCCUGGUUUGCGUGGCGCGCAGGAACUUUCGUGCAGUUGGAGGAGGUUUUCAGUACGUCGCAAUAUGCGGCCUGGGUGGGAAUGCAGGCGGAAGGUCAGUUGACCGAUCGGCUGCCAAGUUGGGCGCGCGAGUGCAAAACCAUCUACAUGGACAUGGGUUCUAACCGCGGCGUUCAGGUGCGCAAGCUGUUCGAGCCCGAGCGCUACCCGAAUUCGCUAGUCUUUCCGAUUUUCCAAGCGAAGUACUACGACAAUCCGGAGGACGAGACUCCAAAAAUGGCGGACGGCCCUGCAACCCCUCCUCGUCCGAUGUUCCGCGGCGGAACAGGUAGUUCGUCCCCGCGACCGCAGGGGAAACUUCUCCCCUCCGUGUGCGCGUUCGGCUUCGAGCCCAACCCGAACCACCACCUGCGGUUGGCGCGGCUGCAGGCGGCCUACCAGAGUCGCGGGUGGCGGGUGCACUUUUUUCCUCGGGGUGUCUGGGUGCGAAAUGAAACCUUGACAUUUACCGGGCGGCAAGAAACGAAGUCCGUGUACAGCUUAUCCGAGGGUGGGGCGCGUCUGGUGGUGACCGCGAAGAAGGACCACAACGGAGCAGGGGCUACUUCGCGGCAAGAGCCGAAGACGCACCACGCCGGCGACGUGAAGAUUCAGACCAUCGACAUCGCCGACCUUCUCCGCACACUGCAGGUGGGCCAGCGAGCCACGAUACCCUACUGGAAGAUGGACAUCGAAGGCGCGGAGUGGCGCGUUAUCCCACAAAAAAGCUGGCAGGGCAUCGGCAUAUUUGUAAUGCAAAAAUCAAUACACAGAAAAAUCUGUCAUGGGCGGCCUCAUAGCAUGCUGUUUAGGAUACGCAGUGCAGAUUUCUUUGUGUAUGUAUUUUUGCAUUACAAAUGUGACCUGCCAGCUUUUUUCUGUGGGAUACGCGUGCUCCCGUAUCUGAAGGAGAGCGGGUUUCUCUCGGCCUCGCGCGUCGCGGAAAUUGGUUUGGAGUACCACUGCGGACCGGAGUACGACCAAAGUUUUGGCAGCAGUGCGAAGUCCUGGAUGCCGACGGCGGAGUGCUUCGCGGUGACGCAGGCAGCCGCGGGGAAGUCGCCGCCGGGGAUGAAGGCUAGUAUCCUAAACGCGUCACCCACGACGUCGAAGGACCCGUUCGGCGACGCGGUUGUGGCGGCGGUGCAGAAGCGGUUGAAUCCGGAGCAGAGCUGGCUGGAUUCGCUCACCGGGAAGGCACGACAAGCGCCCGUGACGAAAAUCUUGAAUCUGGACGACGAAACCUACGUGAAUGACGGCGGGAACAGCGAUUUUUACGGGUACGGUGCCGCGCCGCUUUUCUGGUUCGUCGUGAUGUGCAUCUGGAACGUGUUGCUACUCUGCGCAGUGGCGUUCUCGCACAUUUCAAGCAGAACUUCUCUAGGCCGUUCCGCCGCGGACAGCAGCCGAAAGAACCACGUAGGCGAACCUCCGGAGUCAGCGGGAUUGGUGCCGCAGCUGCCGGUGGGAGCGUCAGUCGAGGAGCUGGAAAUGACAAAGACUGUCGGGGCACGCCCGUUAGAAUGAAUUUUAACGAAGAUGACAAUCGAUAGAAGAUUUGAAUACACUUUUUCAAUGUCAAUAGCCCGCAUGCCUUUGGGGCACAUUGUUUUACUUCUGCGGAUAGAGCGAGAGCGUCGUUCUACUUUUCGCAUAAGUUGCCCCCAGGAAGCAGAGACUACUUUGGUUCUUAUCCAUUUAGUCUUGCGCGCUGGCGCCACGAAGGAAAUUUUAUCAAAAGCUGCACUCUCAUAGAAAUUCAGAAUCGACUUCGACGCAACUGUGACAGACGUCACUUUGCAAUUGCAGCGGUUUCUGAACUUCCACCUCUUCGUUCAUUUGAACUACAUCAGAGGUAAUGAGUAACUCUAGUUCUCCAGAUUUAGUUCAAGAAAAGCCUCUGACAACGGAGCGAGUUCCGUUUUGGACCUAUCUUUGAACUUAUUUUUGUUUUUCCGAGCUUAUUUUUGUUUUUCCGAGCUUCCGGUACAAGCUGUCUCAAGUUAGUUUGAAAUUGAAAAUUCGUACCGACAACUGAUAGCGGCGGCACGGUAUCCGUGUCUGCAGACGAAAGUCGAACAGAUGACAACAAACGCGUCCGUGUAAAAUAUGAUCCGCUGUAUGUCGUCAGAUUGUUCCGCAC